AUGUUUAACAGGCUGAUGGAAAUAACAAAGUCAUUUGGGAAUCAAGAAAUUGAUCCUGAAAAAUCAGAACAGCUGAAAAGGACUAAAGCAGAGAUUGAAAAGAAGGUGACAACAAUGUUGAGACUAAUCAAGAAUGAAGGCCAAGGAAAGAGGAAAAAAACCAAGAAAGACACAGAACUACUUGGACUGGUUGAGAACUUUUACAAGGACUACCAGUCACUCUAUGAAUUGUAUGAUAAGCUUAUAUCAGAGUCAGGAACAAGAGUAGUUCGUGGCAGAAAACACAAGGAGUGUUCUUCUAGUUCUAGCUCAGACUCCGAGUACUAUUCGUCCGAAGAAAUCGACCCAAACAAUGGCAAAAAAUUUGCAUUUGAAGCUGUGAGUCUUGAAGUUCUUGAGAUGAAGAACAAACUGGCUUCUUUGAGUGAAGAAAACGACACUUUGAGAUCAGAUUCUGAAGCUAGUUUGAGUAAAUUACGACAAGGGGAGAUCAUGAACAAAGAUUUGAGGUUCGAAUUGGAUGAGAAAGGUAGAGAACUUUUGGAGAAAGUUAAGUCUCAUGAGGACUUGAGGUUGGAAUUGGAUAAUAGAGAAGGUGAAAACUCUCUUCUCAUGAAGAAACUCAAGGAGAAUGAGGACAGUUUCGAGUCGAAAAUCGCAGAGCUGAAAAUGCAGGCUGGCAAUAUGAGAGUGGAGAUUGAUUGUUUGAGUGCUCAAAAGGGUGAGUUGGAAGAAAUGUUGGCAUGUGAAAGGGCAAAUGGUGUGGCUCAAGUAAAGGACUUAGUGAAACAUAUCAAUGUUAUGAAGCAUGAAGUUGAGUCUAUAAGAGGUGAAGUUUUAGAUAAAAUGGCUCAGAUUGAAUCUCUGAAUGGAGAGUUACUGGCUAGAAAGAUCUUAGUUGAGAAGAAAAUGCUGGAAGAUCAAAAGGGUCAAGAUGAUCAAGUCAAUGAGAGUGAGCAGUUGAGAUUGGAGAAGGAAAAACAGUUGGAUUCCUUGAAGAGCAAGAAAGAAGAAUUGGAGUUGCAACAAGAGGACAAAGAACACUCCCAAAGUAACAAGUCAAUGAAGGGUUUAGCUUUGAGUAAAGAGAUUAGGCAAAACCCUCAAAUUGUAGCAAAAAAGAUGGAAGAUUUGGCUGAGAAGUUCAGAGAUGGUUUCGAAAACAAGUUUCGUUUGCUUAGUCAAAGAAUCUUGAUAACAGAACAAUUGAACAAUGAGAACAAAGAAAGGUACAUGAAGAUGAAAGAGAAGUAUGAGAAAGAAACUAAAGCCUUGGAAGAAAAGGUUGCAGCUUAUGAAACUGAGCAAAGAAAUAAUAGUAAUAAUAUGAAAGAAAAAGAACUUAUAUCAGCAUUAGCAGAGUCUGCAAUGAAUAAUUUGGAGUCUAUUGUCAGCAAGUUUGAGGAGAAAAAUGAUGACUUUUUGGUCCAUAUUUCAAAAGUGUCAAAUGAUGUUAAAUUUGCAAGUGAUGAAGUGAAAAGACUGAAGCAUAAUGUGGAUUCAUUGGUGGCAAAGCUAGAUGAUAAAGAAGAAGAAGAGGUUUUUUUGAGAGACAAGGUGUGGAAUUUAGAAGCUAAAGUGAGCAAAGAAGGAGGUGAAAAGUUGAACUUGAUGCAAGAGAUUGACCAACUUGAGAAAAAAGUUGGGAAAUAUGAGAAGCAAAUUAGAGAGAAAGAAGAGAGGCUUUUGUGUCUUGGGGAUGAGAAGAGGGAGGCUAUAAGGCAACUUUGUAUGUUGGUUGACUAUCAUCGCAUCCGUUUUGACCAUCUCAAACAACUCCUCUCAAUGUCGAGUUUAAAAUGCACAAAGAUUACUAGUGACGGAGCCAGAAAUUCUUUUAAGGCGGUUAAUUGUGUAUAA